UUGUAGGGUUGAAAGAUGGAGGAAACCAAAGUUAAGGACAGUACAAACGACAUUGCAAAUUCCGCGACAGAACCGGGGUCUGUUCUGUAUGGUGUGGAAGAUGUGCCGUCCCCUCCAUUAUGUUUCCUUUUCGGUUUACAGCAAGCUAUUAUGUGUAUUGGAGGAACAUUGUCCAUCCCGUUUAUUUUGUCUGGACUGAUUUGUGUGGGAGACAAUAAUGAUGUGAAAUCUACACUGCUGAGUAUAACUAUGUUCAUGUGUGGCAUUGCAACCAUCCUCCAGACGAUAUUUGGAAUCAGACUGGGUAUCAUACAGGGAGGCUCCCAUGCUUUUGUCGCACCUAUUGUCGCAAUGAUGGCUGUAGACAGAUGGAGAUGUCCAGGGGACAGUGCGACAUCAAAUGGCACAGACAGUGACGAAAUUUGGAAAAGCAGAAUGAGAGAGAUCCAAGGCAAUUUAGUCAUCGCGUCAAUCACACAGCUCGUGCUUGGUUGUACUGGGAUGAUAGGCAUCUUGCUGCAGUUUAUUGGGCCCCUGACCAUUGCUCCUACAAUAUCGCUGAUUGGCUUAUCACUUACCAGUGUUGUCAUUGACUUCAAUAAAAUUCACUGGGGUGUUGCAUUUUUUGCAAUGUGUUUGACACUACUGUUCACACUGUAUCUUGGCAAGUUAAAACUGCCGCUCCCAGCAUGGUCGGCAAAGCGUCAUUUUCAUAUAGCUGGGUAUCCAAUAUUUCAGCUAUUUCCGGUGAUACUAAGUAUAUGUGUGAGUUGGUUGUUCUGCUUAGUACUAACUGUUACUGAUGUCUUUCCAAAUAAUUCAACAGAACUCAGUUACAUGGCGCGGACAGACGCACGCAUUGACGUACUAGAACGAGCACCGUGGUUUUAUUGGCCAUAUCCACUUCAGUUUGGAACACCCACUGUUAGUGCCGCCGGUUAUGUUGCUUUCCUGGCAGCUACCAUAUCCUCCAUUAUAGAGUCAAUCGGAGAUUAUUACGCCGCGGCUCGUAUCUCUGGGGCACCUCCUCCACCUCCUCAUGCAAUAAACCGCGGUAUAGCCAUGGAGGGCCUCUCCAGUAUAGUGUCAGGAUUGGUAGGGGCCGGCCAUGGUACGACCUCAUACAGUGGAAACAUUGGAGCUAUAGGAAUAACAAAGGUGGCGAGUCGGGCAGUUUUUCUGACAGCUGGAGUGAUACUAUUAGUCUGUGGUGUGAUUGGGAAGUUUGGGGCCGUGUUAACUUUGAUACCAGAUCCUAUUAUUGGAGGAACACUGACUGUUUUGUUCGGUAUGGUGAGUGCUGUGGGCAUAUCGACGUUAAAAUUCAUAGACCUGGAUUCUACAAGGAACCUCACUAUUUUGGGAGUAUCACUUAUUCUGGGUUUGAUGGUCCCCCAGUACAUAAACAGUCCAGCAAAUGCGGAUAUAAUCAACACAGGUAAUGAGGAACUGAAUCAAGUAAUAAAAGUUCUACUGGGCACUGCAAUGUUUGUUGGUGGAUUUGUGGGUUGUCUGUUGGACAAUACUGUACCGGGGACAGAUGAAGAAAGAGGGAUAUUGUCAUGGCGUAAGAAUCUCCUCAUCAGAUCAGAUGGUAUAGAUCCAAAUCAAUCUAUUGAAAUGUACGAGUACCCGUACGUUACUAAGUGUUUUAGACGUGUGAAAUGCUGUUCAUAUAUACCGGUAUCGCCAGCGUUUAAUAAAGAAAUCACAGCCAAUUGUUCUUGUUGCUGUUCGAACAAAAAUCAGAAAAGUCUAAUGAAAACUGGAUACGACAACCAGGCAGCGACAGAGGAUAUAGAAAUUGAAGUAACUUACAAUAAAGAGGAAGCUAAACUGUGAUAUGUAUAUAUUUUUCAAGUAAUCUUUGUCAUGUUCUAGAAUUUACAGUUGUCGUAUACACAUAGGAUAACAUGAACAUUAUGCAUAUCAUCCUGUAGAGCUGAAGCUCAGGCGGAAAGUUAGUUGACUAUUGAUUAAAAGCUGAAAAUGCUCUGCGGUUGGCGGACUAAAAGACAGUAGUGUUUUUGCAAGAAAAGAAAUCACCCAAAACAUGUGACAGACGUUUUUACAUCCACAAAAUAUAAAUACAUACUGCAUCGUCUUUAAAGACAGAAAUGCACUGUGCAGACCUUAUUUGAAAAUGUAUGCGUAAAUGUAAUAAUAUUACAAACUUGUACAAAAAAGUGUUUUUACAACUACUAAUAACCAUCUCUUCCCAACGUGCUCCAUCUUUAACAACUAUUGACCAUCAUAUUGACGGGCUCCACUACAAUAACUACUGACCACCAGUGCGAUAUAACAACAACUGACAAUCAGUUCCACCUUAAAAACAUCAGACAAUCAGCCCACCUAUAUUAGCUGCUGAUAACUGGCUCCACCUACAACAGCUGCUGACAAUCAGCCCACCUACAUUAGCUGCUGAUAAUCGGCUCCACCUACAACAGCUGCUGACAAUCAGCCCACCUACAUUAGCUGCUGAUAAUCGGCUCCACCUACAACAGCUGCUGACAAUCAGCCCACCUACAUUAGCUGCUGAUAAUCGGCUCCACCUACAACAGCUGCUGACAAUCAGCCCACCUAUAUUAGCUGCUGAUAACUGGCUCCACCUACAACAGCUGCUGACAAUCAGCCCACCUACAUUAGCUGCUGAUAAUCGGCUCCACCUACAACAGCUGCUGACAAUCAGCCCACCUACAUUAGCUGCUGAUAAUCGGCUCCACCUACAACAGCUACUGACAACCAGCUACACCUACAACAGCUAUAGACAAAGACCUGCACCUAAAACAAAUAUUAAGCACCACCAGCUCUUCUUACAAAGAAGUCCCAGAACAUGAAACACCUGAUUUUGUGUUGCUUUCAAAUAUAUGAAGAUUCGUCAUAAUUUGCACUGGUUGUGAAGGAAGUCAUGGCGUUUCUAUAUGAAUAGUUAAGAACUGUAAUAAAGAUAAAAAGCAAGAACAAAAGGGAUCUAUACCCUCGGACUGAGCCUAAUCGCGUUCAGUUACCUCGAUACCGUCUACUGAGAACGGUUCGUGCACUUUAAUUAUGAAUCGCAACAAGCAAACACUUGACAUUAAGGCAGGCAACUGACUACGGCUGAGAGAGGAUAUCAACACAACAUGGCUAACCCAGAUAUGCAAUGUAAAGUUUUGUUUUCUGUAACAUUCUUGGAACAUUCGUCAGUUAUGAGUUUUUCUUAUUUCUUGUGUAUUUUAGGACUCGUAUUGUGCUUUUAUGAUAACUGGAAUGUGCGUCCUUGGACAUGACUUAGUGUCAAAGGUAAAUCAGGUGUAUAAUAUUUUCAUCAAUGAUUUACCUCUUAAUAUAAUGCAGUCACUUCUUGAUAGGACACGUGGUGCAGUUGGUAGACCUAUCAUUUUUUUGCCUACGACUGUAUACAUAGCUGCCGGUCCAAAUCAUGGCUGAGAUUUUUUUUUAUUUCAGAUCUCUUUCAGCCUCAAGUGUUUAACUACGUCACUGUUAACGUCCUUCAGGAAAAAGCAGCGUAUACCAGUCCCUCCUUGUUCUUUGAUCUGUUGUCGUCUUUUUCAGAAAUCCAUUUGUAUAGUCUCAAUCGAAUAAUAGGCUAAACUAAAAUAAGCUUUACAUCAUUUCUUUGUUUAUGUAAUUAAAACGUUGACAUAAAAAGAAAUGAUAUAAAUCAGAUUUUAUCUAACAUCAAGCUUGUAUUUCAAUGGCAGGUAUAUAUGAUUUUGUUGCAAACAAUGCGCCAGAGAAACCUAUUUGUAUUACUGCGCCACUAGGGUGUCAUCAUCUCGUGUUGUGCAUUGCACAAUUCAAGCCCGGUAACGAUACCAGUAUAAUAGAACAAUCUAUAGUGUUAUGUUAUGUUAUGUGUUUCAUGAUAUAUUUGCUUAAAUAAAAGAGAAUCUCAUGAAACCAGUCUAGACUAUAAAGUACAUCAUUUAUAUAGAACAGAACAGUACAGAACAGAAAUUGUAUCUUGCAUUUAACAGCAUAUGUACUUCUACUUAUAGACAAUAAAAAUGUAUACAAUUGCACAAAGUGUGUGUAAAAGAUGAAUGAACGCACUA